UUUUGAGAGAAAAAAAAUGUUGGUGAUGGGAAUAAGCUUGCAAUGUUUGAUGGACUUGGUGGUAGCUGGAUUUUCCCUAAUGAUUGGGUUGGGGAUUUUCGCUUUUAUUGCUUCAAUUUUAUGCUCUGCUGCUUUUUAUCAGAAUGCAAAGCAACUUUCUUGAAACCCCUUU